UUUUUUUUUUUUUUUUUUUUGCUUGUGUAUGAUUAUUUUCGGUGCUUUCCGGGCCCUAUAAAAUUAAAAAAAUCGUUCUAUUUUUUUCUUUCUUUCUCUUUUUCCCCCUUUAUAAAAUAACAAUAAUUAAUGACUACGUAUUAUUAUAAUACAGAAAGAAAGAAACAGAGACCAAGGUCGAUCAUCACCAGCUUUAGUCCCGAGAGUUGGGACUUGAGCAUGGAAACAACACCUCCACCACCACCAUCUUCUGUGGUUGGUCGUCGACCCAGUAGCCAGAACGUUCCUUAUUUCUCCUUAUUCAGUACACCCACUUGGCAAACAACCGCCUUUCAUCAUCAAGAAGAACAAAAGAGCCCUCCCAUCGAUUUCGAUUUCUUAAACAAUGAAAAAGACUAUUUCCAUUUGAGUGCACCUUGGACGUAUCAACCACAGCAUCCACCGCAGCAACAGAGACCUUUAUUAACACCACCACCACAAUCCCCGACUCGACAAAAGAUUGAUGAUUAUUUCAGUCCUCCUAUGGAUGUCAAUGGGUUAGGCAAAGGCGUAUUCUUAAAUCAAGUCAAGGAAUCACAACGAAUUUAUCAGGUUGGAUUCAAGAACAAGCACGAGUAUUUCUAUACCGAUGACAAAUUUAAAGUAAAUGAUAAAGUAGUGGUGGAAGCGGACCGUGGUUAUGAUAUUGGUCUGGUACUCGGAGAAGAAAUUGCCGGUCGCAAGAAGAAGAAAUUACCUCAACAAAAUGAAAAUUCCAUGAUCAAGCGUAUCUUUCGUUUGGCUAAUGCAGCAGAAUUAAUCACGUUGGAGAAAAAAAAGGUGGAUGAAGAAAAGGCUCUUUCAUUGUGUCAGGCUAAAAUUAAGCAAAAAGGGUUGCAUAUGCAAGUGGUGUCGGCGGAGUAUCAAUGGGACCGUCGUAAAUUAACCUUUUAUUGGAUGACUUCCAAAAUGCAAAAUAGAAUUAAAUAGAAUAGAAUUAACUCCGGGAAUUUGAUUUUCCGAGUUAAUUUUUUUUUGUUCCAAAACCAUAAAAUAGAAUUAACUUUCAAUAAAUUUUAUUAAUUUUCAUAAUUCAAAA